AUGGCUCGCGUUGUCAGGAGGGCCGCCUCGGCUUCGGUCAGGCGGGCCCCCAGUCGCGCUAUUCAGCGGAGAGCUCGAAAACAUAAAGUGAUCAUGGAGUCGGUUACGCAAGAGAAGAAGAAGCUUCAGAGUGUGAUCUGCUUCGAGGCACGCGCUCCAACCGGUUACACCUUCAUCCCGGCUGGCAAUCCGCAUCUCACUACAGCUUGCAAAGAAAGAUGCCGAAAGGAAGGAUCACAGAUCUAUGCGGUCUCGACCACCCCGCAUACCACCACCCAUAACCUAUCCCUCCACGUUCAUCGCAUAGGUUAUCAUUUUCCGAGUACCGUGGUUGCAGCGGUCUGUUCGGAGUUGGGACUCUACCUCACCAGUACUGGCAAGGCGGUGCCUUUCCAUACUAUGAGCUCUAGAGAGACUCGUCCGACACCUGAUGCCAACAAAGACCAACUGACUAUCAACACGGAGGCAAGGGAUGCAAUCACAGAUCUCUUCCCUAAUAUUCCACUGAAUGAUCUACAUCAGAUCAUUAAAACUGCAUUUCAAAAGGGUCAGCGAAAAGUGGGCACCGCUUCCGAGUUGCCACUGGCUCGUCGUGCACAGCUUGCCGUAGUGGCUCAUAUCCGCCAUCUCUACACCGAUUACGACAAGCUUUUGAAAUCGGGCUCAUUCCACGAGGCGAGAUCUACCGUGGAACAGCCAACUCUAGCCAAGCUCGUGGCCUGGCGUGGUGAUGACGAGAAUGGCCAAAAGGCCCUGGAAGAUGUGUUCCGGGAGGUCAUCGUCAUAUCCGAUGACGAUGAUGACAGUGAAACCGAGGAGGAAGUCCUCGCCUCAAGAGAUAACCUAGAUCAAAGCGUGGAAAUCCUUUCCAGUCAUGCCAGGGUCCAUGACAUUCAAACUCAACCCGUUAGCUUUGUGAACACCUCAACCCUGGACCCCUUGCGCGAGUUGUCCGAAGAAGCACCGCCUGGUUUCCGAUUUGUGCAUAGCGUGCCCAAGAAGACCGUCGAUCGUCGAGGAUUUAGCAGAUACCAGGCGUGGAACCGCGCUAUGACCAAAUACGGGACUAAUGGCACCGCACAUGGCACUGAACAGGCCCACCUGAACGGUGGCACGGCCGAACAGCAAAGCCCACGCCACGGAAAACGUCCCCUGGCCCCUGCUCGUGAACUUGCAGACUCUCCCAGGCGCCGUGAGAUUCUUCCCCCGCCGUUAGAAGUUGCCCCUAGGGUCAUUUCAGGCCCCAGUCGUUUUGAAAACACUGUGCACCGUACGGCCGCUGCUCCAGAACGCCCAGCAGGGAACGGCCAUGUAGGUAUCCAUGACAGACGCGGGCCUUUGGAGGGUCAACGAACUGUGUCCCAGCAACAUGGGACCAAUGGACGACCAGUACUAACCACACAGAAUUCAUCUGAAGUUCACCUUUUGGAUAGAAGUCCUCGAUCCGUUGGGAAUGCUCCGUACCCUCCAUCUCCAGGCAAAGCCCACUUGAAUUCCAAUGCUCGUACCGAGCGGAUCCCCACCAAUAAAAGCGCAAACUCGCCAGUUUUCGUUAACGCGCACAAGGAACUGCAUUCGAUUAGCCAGAAUCAGUUUGGCGCCCGGGCCGAGGCUCCAAUCCCUCAUGCGGCCAGGCCAGGUGCUACCCAGGAUUACGUACUACCCUCAAUCGAAGCACUGGACAAGCGAAAGAUGGAACUCCGUCUUGAGAACAUGACAAAACGGAUGAGUCUUCGUUCCGUAACACCCAAGCAACCGGGAGAGCAGUCUCAGCCUGGCAGUCCAGAUGACCCAAACUCCAAGAGACGACGACUGGCUUACCACGUACCCCCGCCCCUAUCCCAGGAAUCACGCCCCGAUCCUUGGAACGCAAGGCCCAUUGCUAUGCCGGUUUCCGUUUCCGAGGGGUUGGCUUCAAGGGGUCAAUACCGCCGCGAUGAUCUCGGUCCCGAGUAUCGCGUAAUGGACGGGAAUAUUGUUCGUCGGGAAUACCUCGCUCCCGCAGAUCCAUACAAGAGAGAGAGACAGGUUCAGGCUCCCCAGGAUGCUAGACCAGCAAUGGAUCGGAUUCGUUUCGCCGAUAUGCACUCACAAGCCACAGCCGGCCUCGGCGCUUCUUCUCGCCCUGCUUACUAUGGUGAUCGUAGCCCUCACACCCGACCUGCAGUGACUGAUCCUCCUCGUGCCUCGAAAGAUAGUGAUCAUCCUCAUGCCUAUCCUCAAGUCCCCGGUGCUCCCUUGGAUGGGAAACUGUACGCUGACGGCUUUGUCCGCCACGUUGAUUUCCGCGAAGUUCGUCCGGUCGAGUACUUCGUCCCACGCCCAAGAGCGCAGCAACCGCGCGCCGGAGAUCCCAUCGGCCAAGGCCAAGGCCAGUCCUUCAGAGCUAGGAUUCCUGAGCACUUCAUCCCCAAGGAUCUUUCUCAGUCUCACUCCUUGCCCCAGCCUCCACCGGAGCAGCAGCACCUACUUCCAGCUUCCCGAGCUACUCACAGUUCUCACGUUCAGACUCUUCCUCAUGCGGAGGCUAUGCCUAUGCCUGGAAAUCGCCAGCCCCGAGGACAACCUCUCGUAGGCGCUCGUGAGAGACGUCCUGGGAGCGGGCCCGGCCCGAAGCGACGCGUCCACGACCCCCGUGCUUUCCAAAUGGCCGAACAAAGUCGGCCCAUCUACGUUCAAAGAGUGGAGUCGCAGACACCACAACCCAUGCCUGAGGGCAGCAGACACGUUGUUAUUGUUGAUUGA